AUGGUCUCCUCCUCCGCCUCCAAGCAGCGCCGCACCCCGCGCCAUUCCUCCGUCACUGACGCCCGUCGCGACGGGUCUCUCAGCAAGGAGCCCACUCCCGCCGCUUCCUCAAAAUCGCCCGCCGCCGGCAAUUCCGAGGAUAAAAAUGGCGACCAACCGAGCGCCGGUCAGCUCGACUGGACAAAGUUCAAGCGCGGCUUCACCGUUAAGAACUGGUCCGCGCGCGACGAGGCCGCCGCCGCCCCCAAGAACUCCAAGAAGCGCCGGAGGAGCAGCCUCAGCACUGGCCGCGAGCCCCUCCUAGAGGAGAACCCUUUCGAUCGCAACCUCGACACCUAUUACAAGGUCGAGCCGGUAAAGUGGUGGAAUGACACCAAGCGCUACCGCAAGUUCACCAUCGCGAACGAGACGUUCCGCCUAGGUGAAACCGUCUUUGUACAGGGCCAUGAUCCCGGAGUCGAGCCAGCCAACUGGGUGGCCAAGGUAUUGGAGGUGCGCGCCGCGAACGAGCUGAACGUGUUCCUGCGCGUCUACUGGUUCAAUAGGCCUGAAGAUCUGCCAAUGGGGCGACAGCCACACCACGGACAUAAUGAGGUCAUCGCGACCAACACAAUGCAGAUCAUUGACGCGUUGACCGUCAAUGGCAAGGCCACGGUGAAGCAUUGGAAGGAAACUGACGGCGAGGAAAUUCUGGACGAAGAUACACUGUUCUGGCGACAGACUUUCGACUGCCCGGCCGGAGGGCCAGUUGGCACGUUAUCGGAAAUUCGCACCCACUGCAUCGAUAACAAGCCCUACAAUCCCGACAGCACCCUCGUUUACUGCGUCAACUGCGAAAAGUGGCUGCACGCCGAAUGCGUCGCCAAUGAUGUCCUCGUAAAAACAUACGAAGAGCACAAUAUGGUGGUACCCAGCUCGCUGAAGCGGAACGACGUAGGAAACGACGCCCUGCCCGUCGCAGCCAAGGGAACCGCGACGCCCAAGUCCAAAACGCCCAAGAAGACCAAGGGCAAGAACAGCACGCCAAAGGUCACAGAUAAUGACGCGGCGGAAGAGGAGGAGCCAGAGCAAGCAUUUUCAGCGGAAAUCCGGAUAGAUAAAGGUGAAACGCCAAAGGUCCUGGUCACGGAUGCGCGCAAUGGCAAGAAAGAGGUCACGGAGAAACCGGUCCAUUGCCUUUUCUGCAAGAAUGUGGUCGCCUGA